GGUUGUAAACAUCCUGCAUCCUAGACUUAUAUGUCCUGCUUAGAUUUUUAUUGUUAGCCAUGGCAACCACAAUGUUGUGGGCGGGACUAAAACAAGUUAUCAGACGAUGUUUGAGCUGGCCUCGAGCUAGUCUAGCCUAGAUACCAUCGUUUUUGUAGUCUAUAGAAGCUCACUUGCUACUUUUUACACUCAAGAGGAGCCUUAAUUAUAUAGUUAAAAGAUGGUAUAUUCAGUAAUGAUCGUGGCAUUUUUUGCAAUGCACUUAAUACAUGGGGAACCCUCCCACAAACACGUUCUUGAGGAUCAUUACAUUGGUCACCAGCAUAACCCCGAGCAUGAUAUGGAUGUCCUACUUGGAACGAAGGAUAAAGAGGAAAUAAAGAAGCUCACUCCAUCUGAGCAGAGACAAAAAAUGCUGGAUAUUGUGAAGAUGAUUGAUAAAGAUUCUGACAAGUAUUUAUCCCCAGAGGAGAUCACUCUAUGGAUCCAGUAUGUCUACAGAAAAUACGCUCUUGAAGAUGCAGAGGAGCGCUUCCCAGAGUUUGACACAAACAACGAUGGCAUUGUGUCAUGGGAUGAAUAUAACAUAGUUGUGCAUGAACAAAUCAUUGACACAGAUGAAAACACUGUUCUGGACAAUCCUGAAGAGGAGUCUCUCAGAUUUCUUCAUAUGAAGGAGAGGAGACGCUUUGACUUUGCUGAUGUGGAUGGCAUGCCUGGCCUCAACGUUAUUGAAUUUCUUGCCUUCACACACCCAUCUGAAGUUGAUCACAUGGCAGACUUUGCCAUUGAAGAUGUGUUGAGUGAAUAUGACAUUGAUAAGGAUGGAUUCAUCAGUCUAAGUGAAUUCAUUGGAGAUGUCCGUAGUAAUGAGGGCAGUGAGCCAACACAGUGGGAGAUAGAAGAGACGGUACGUUUUCAGGACCUGUACGACCAGGACAGGGAUGGCAAACUUAAUAGGGAGGAGCAGCUUCGCUGGGUGGCCCCAAACAGCUACAGCUCAGCAAGAGAAGAGGCAAUUCACCUCAUCAAAGAAAUGGAUCAAGACGAUGAUGGAAGACUCUCAGAUACAGAAGUUUUGAAUAAACAAGACAUUUUCAUGCAUAGUGAAGUUACAGAUUAUGGAAGACAGCUGCACACAUCACAUGAUGAAUUGUGAAAAUCAAUGUCAAUUAUAUAUUUUUUAUUUAAAAUGUAAUAGAUUAUUAGUAAGUAGACUAGUCUUUACAUGACUAACUCUGUAGAUAUUAAAGACGGUUGGUUUGAUAUAUAUUUGUUAUUGCUAUUGGUACCUUAUGAAACCAAAUGAAUGUUAUCUUAGAUGGAGGUUGCAUGUGGUAGCUGGGCACUUCCUCAUUUGAGUCAAACUUGUGAAUCAUAUGUACCACGUAAGGCUGGGGUUUCCUGUAUGCUGUAUUGUUCUGUUCAUUAGUAUCAUCUCUAUUUUUAACCAGUAUGCUAGCAGUAUACUACAGUGCUGCUUACUGAAGUGAACUCACUUAAGUAAAAGAAGACACACAUUUCAAGUCAUUGCUGAGAUGACUCUACAGUUCAAAGAUGCCUUUUGGGUGAGUUAACCAACCAACUGCUGUGAUACAUUGAGUAGGAGGAUUUCAUCAAGACAAGGCUUUGUGUUUUUUUAGAUGUCUGAUGUUAAUAGUGUAUAUAAAACUAUAGUGUAUGUGGUUUGAGGGUGAUGCUUACCAUAGCUAUUUCAAAUUUAAUCUUUGAAAAAAUCUGAUGAAACUAUCCAGUAAUAUGUGUGUCGUAGUGAUAUGUAGGCUUUUAUGUUGUUACAAAAUAAUACCCGAAGUAUAACAUCUCAUCUAUGCAUUAGAGAAUAUGAAAACCUUUGCUUUAGAUUUGUGAACCAAUUUGGGGAUUUUAGCCAAAUAAAUGUAGUUAAAACACACCAUUAUGCAAUAUGGUGUCAAAACACUUA